AUGCAGACCCUCGCAGCACUGUUCACUUUUUCCCUCCUCUGGGUUCUGCUGCCACUCGCUAACAACAUCCGCAAAGCAAGAAGCACUGGUCUGCGAUACGUCGUUGUGCCAUGUUUUCUCUACAAUAUCUUGACUGCGAAGCUCUUCAAAGUGACUGUCCUACGUUUGGUUGACCAGCUACUCCCUGCCCCCACUCUCUCAUCAUGGCGCAUUCUCGUAACUUCUCUAUGGCCACUCAAGUAUGGACAUGCGCCCUUCAAAGAACUUGGUACCGACUCCGUUCUCGUCGUCGCGCCCGGUGGUAAUAUUCUAUACACCUCGGAUGCCCACGUUGUGUCGCAAAUCAUGUCUCGAGGUAACGACUUCCCUAAACCCGUGGCUAUUUACAAGCAGAUUGAUAUCUAUGGAAAAAAUGUCAUCUCCUCCGAAGGCAACGCCUGGCGCUAUCAUCGCAGACUGACACGACCUGCAUUCUCGGAGAAGAACAACCAGCUGGUGUGGAAAGAGACAAUUGAUUUGAGUGGGGCCAUGGUAUCCAAGCUUCAAGGCCUUCGCAGCGGUUCCACGACCGUCAAGAAUGCAGGGGACGAUAUGAUGCGAUUGAGUCUGGAGGUUCUGGGACGCGCCGGUCUAGGGGACAAGUCUGCUGGCUUUACCUCGUCAUUGGAAUACGUUAGCGUACACAUUGUUUCCAUCAUGGCUUUGAUGAUGUUUCCGAAGUGGAUCAUACAAAGAAUUCCAGCAAUGGUGGUUCGCAGAUUACUCAAGGCCUAUGAGGACUGGAAAUCCCAGAUGCAAGCGAUGAUUCGUAACCGAAGGUCUGCCAUUCUCACUGGCGCAUACGAAAGUGUCAACACAGACUUGAUCAGCCAAUUGGUCAAAGGACAUUCGCCUAACACUGGGCCCCAAUUGGCGCAACCACUCGCUCUAAGCGAUAGCGAGGUUUUGGGUAACUUGUUUGUUUUUAUGGUCGCGGGUCAUGAGACGACUGCCAAUACUAUACAUUUCACCUUGCUCCAACUUGCUCUCAAUCCAAAGAUUCAGCAGAACGUCCAAAAGGCUCUCGAGGAUAUUUUUCAAGGUCGUCCGCCCGCAACCUGGUCAUACGAACAUGAUUUUCCGCGUCUUAUGGAUGGGUUUCUCGGAGCAGCCGUUCGCGAGUCACUUCGAGUUAUAUCCCCGUCAUUGACCUUGCCUAAAACUACUCAUCGUCCACAACAAUUGAAUAUUGAUGGUAAGGAGGUUACCCUACCUGCAAACACCUUGAUCAGAGUCUGCGUUCCUGGUGUGCACAGAAAUCCUCGCUACUGGCCAUAUGGUCCCCGAAAAGACUCCAAAGGACCCGACUCCCCUCUCAAUGAUGCCGCUAAUGAUCUGGAUGAGUUCAAGCCUGAGCGCUGGAUGGCUGGAAAGGGGUCGCCAGGAAAAUCCGAUGACGGUAGUGAUUCCCAAAGUUCUGGCAAUUCAUCUUCCCGCACCACCACCAAAUCGGAAACAAGGCAGAAACCACCCAAAGGAGCCUACAUUCCCUUUAGUGAUGGCCAACGUUCAUGCCUUGGGAAACGGUUUGCGCAAGUCGAAAUGAUGGCUGCUCUGGCUGUCAUUCUUUCCGAGUGCACUGUGGAGCUGGCUGUAGAUGAAUGGGCGACCGAUGAAGAAGUUGUGUGUAUGACCACCGAGGAGAGAAAGUCUGUGUGGCAAAAGGCUAGUGAGAAAGCCGAGAUGCACCUGCGAGAGAAGAUGACUUGCAUCAUCACCGUGCAGCUUGCCAAGGGAUAUUACAUACCUUUACGAUUCGUCGAGAAGGGAUGUGAGCGAUUUCGAGAAGUAUGA